GCCCAAAUAGCGCUAACUCUGGCCUGCGAGCGUUUGCUGCGACUAGCGCGCUAGCGCUCGUGACAUACACAAACGCGCUAGCCAGAAUGCUUUGACUUUGAUGGCUUUCAGCUUCUAUUUUUUGAAAAGUAGCGCGCUCAGACCAGCUCGCUCACUCUUUUCCUCUUCCAUUUUUUAGGGCAAUUGUUUUGUUUGAUAGACGAAGCUUAGGGUCUCUUUGGGUUUGCAACCCUUACCCUCCUGGAAAAAAUCAUAGUUGCUAGACUGCGACACUUCAGACCAGGUACUAUUAGAGCCGCUAAUGGACGACGAGCUAUUUUCCGCUAUCCGGAGCUCAAGCAUUUGAGCCGCUAAAUGGACGAGACUCCUGGGGUAAAGGAUGCAGAGAAUGAGGAGAAAACACUCGUAUGGAGCAGGGAGUAGGUAUUGUACUACUUCCUGGUAUGGAGCACUGAGAAGCGCUUGGUGACAUCGUCCAAGAUCGACAGGGAUGGCGGGUCACCUGCCGUGACGCUGUCAACGCUAUUGUCCAGUCCCGCAUGGAGCCUGUGGCGAAGCCCCUCAUUUGUGGCACUUGUGCGCGCAGUUUUCGUCGGCCACAGGAUAUUGCGACGCACAAGUGUAACGCUGUUCGCGCGGCCCGCGCGCGCUGAGUACGGCGUUCCCCGCCCGGUGGACAACACGUCUCCUGGUCUGCCCCGUAUGGGGCCACAUAGCCAGUCAUGGCAGUGUAAGAAGGAAGGAAGGAAGCUUUCACCGUCCAGGAGCGACACUGACUCGCACUGCUAUCUGGUGCUCACGAGGUGUUUGUCGCGCUGCAAACGGAGCGUCUCUCAUUAGGCGAUUUGAUCGCAGGACGAGAGAGGAGCUGAUGGACGAUCUCUCCAAUGUUCCUCUUGGUUCGGAGCGGCGCCGAGUGCUGACGUUGGGACUUGGCACCGCUAGCUAAACCGACCAACGGCUACUCCCAGGGCACAAACUAUUCUGCUGGAGGCAGCGUCGUCUUCGGCUGAAAUUCCGGAUACAACCUGCAGGGAAGCAUUGUGCGCAUCUGCCAGAUUGACGGUUCCUGGAGUGCGGCAGCUGCCUCAUGUAAUCCCAUUCAACUGCAGUGCCAGUCUGGCUACCUGCCCUGCCUGCGUUCCAGUGGCUGUAUCCUGCCAUCACAGCGCUGCGACGGUGUUUGGUACGACUGUGCUGAUGGCUCUGAUGCACAGUACUGCCCAGGCAAGGUCACACCAGCUCCAGGUCAAACCGACUGCCAGGUCCUGUCACCACCGGCACUGGGCUCAAUGACCGUGAACGGCUUGAUGUUCAGCAACACGACCACGUUUGUGUGCACAUCUCCCUAUGUCCUUAUGGGCUCGGCCGUGCGUACUUGUGAAAUCAACGGCCAGUGGAGCGGUGUGCAGCCAACUUGCGUCCUGACGACUGCUGCUCUGAGUGCGGCCAGUGACGAGCUAGUCAAGGACUCCGUCUCGGAACGCAUGACACAAACGUGCCAGUAUUGCCAAGCACUGGGGACCUUUGGCAAUCUGAAGAAUGUUUUGUCCGAGAAUCGAUCCUUGGAUCUGUGGCGUUGCAGUUGUGGUGCUCCCGACCCUCUUGCGCGAUGGCCGCGGAGACUUGGCGAAAAGGUUCGAGACGUACGGCAUCUCAAUAUCUUCCACCACAAUCAGUACAUCAGCACCACCAUCGAGUGUAGCGACAUCAGCAAUAGAAGACGCACAUGAUAAUUAUCAUUCACCCUUACGGCCUUAGCGAAGACCCGGGAAUACCUGAGAAGAUGUUAGCCGCAACUUUACUGGAAAAGUCGUCGGUGACAACGGCACUCCAUAUUUUAGCUGCAUGCAGUUAGGUCUCUCAACAAGUGUACCCAAAGUUUUCAAGCUAAUACACAAGCAAAUUCACUAGGGGCCGAGUAUAUUUUCCUACAUCUCUCCCUGUUUGUUGUUGUUAUUUCUGCAUUCAAAUUGUUUGUGUACCUGUACAUUUAUUACAGUAAAGCCACGUAUCCACGGCUGUUGUUUCCAAGGUCAGGUUCGUCAGUUAUACAAAACCUUUCAGCAAUCUGGCCUUAGGCUUAGUUCCUUGACUUCUUGUACCACCUUCUUAGAUGCACAUCCCACUGGAUAGUGAGCAAUACGUGUGUAGCAGAAUCUGUAUUCCAGAAAAGCAGAGACUUGAGUCUAUUGACACUGCGUUUCGUUUUAAAACGUUAUUGGCUGUGGUGUUCCUAGAGGUAUACUAUACACGUACAUUCCUGGGUCCCACGUUCUGUGACGCCCGACUGUAUUCGUGGUGCCUCAACAACUUUUAAUUUUGUGCACUCGGGAAAACCUGCCUGAGGCUGUGAGGCUGCAGAGUGUUGGCUGUGUUUUGCUUUAAAAAACCAUCAGGUCUCCCCAGAUUUUCUAGUCUGGCCCUGAA